AUUCUUUUGCUCGCCACUAACCCGGGCUUCUUAACCGCAUCCCCCAGAGACUGAAAUUAGGAGGGGGAACUCGUCUCGAGAAGCAUUAAAGAAAACAUUCCCGCCGGAUAAUUGGAACUGAGCGCCCCAGAGACAUGUCAUCAGGGACGAGGACAGCGUCUUCUGUUCACGCAGCCCAGGGCUGCAUCCGCUCGCCGCCACUCUAGCCUGUUGCCUUUUUACUGAGCUGGCAGUGAAUGAGAACUUUGGGUCCCGGCAGGCGGACUGCUCUUAAACUAGGAACAGCUGCUGUUCCCACCACAGGCCCUCCAUACUGAAGACAAUGUCUGGAAGCUACUACUUUGUAAUCGUUGGCCACCAUGAUAACCCAGUUUUCGAAAUGGAGUUUCUGCCAGCAGGAAAAGCAGAGUCCAAAGACGACCACCGCCACCUGAACCAGUUCAUCGCUCACGCGGCCCUCGACCUCGUCGACGAGAACAUGUGGCUGUCGAACAACAUGUACCUGAAAACUGUGGACAAGUUCAACGAGUGGUUUGUCUCAGCGUUUGUUACUGCGGGUCAUAUGAGAUUUAUUAUGCUUCAUGACAUACGGCAAGAAGAUGGAAUAAAGAACUUCUUCACUGAUGUCUAUGACUUGUACAUAAAGUUUGCAAUGAAUCCAUUUUAUGAACCCAAUUCUCCUAUUCGAUCAAGCGCAUUUGACAGAAAAGUUCAGUUUCUUGGGAAGAAACAUCUUUUAAGCUGAAUGCAGAAAAAUUCAGAAAUUAUGCCACUACAGGGGGUAUACUCAGGCAUGUGACAUUGUAACUUGAUUAAACAGCCUAGAAAACAGUUAUUGUGAUCUCAAUUUAAUCUAAACCUAAUGUAAUUCCUUUUGUAUUUAAAAACAGUAGUUCGGUUUCUUACGAUUAUCAACAGAUCAGUAUUCACUUCUGAAUAGUGUUAUUUAUAGUUCUUUAUCAACAAUGUUGAAAUAUAUUUUGAAACUUGAAAAUAAGCUUUUGACUUUCUAUAUUUAAAUAGCUUGACUGAUGUAACUGUCCAGAACCAAUGUCGCUGGCAAGAUUUAGUAGCCAGAUUUAAAAGUAAAAGCUUCAUGCGCAUGGACUUCCUUGGCCAUCUAGAGAUGCCGUCACAGAAGCACAGGCGGGAGGCACAGCAGUGCCCACGAGGCCGAACGGCACCUUUUGCAGUGCCCGAUACCACAUGCCUGCCUGUCAGAGACCAGGGACCGCGGGCCUGCCAUCAUUCUAGAAGCUGCCACCAUGUUUGUAAGAUAGGAGGCAGGGACCAAAGUGACAGAUUAUGUUCUCAUAUACAGUUCAUUUCCCUUAGACAGUAAGUAGACAUUAAUAAACCUGUGGAUUUCUGUACUGGUGAAGUGCUGUAAAGCAAUUUUAGAAUUGUAAUUUUUAAAAGCUUAUAGUACAUUAACAGUUACACUGUUAGCCUCCUAGGCUGCAUACCAGAGGGGGCAGAAGUUGUCUCUUGUUCCAUAACAAGUGUGGGAUCUCACAGUAAAAUAGUCAUUAUCCAUUGAAAAACAAGAGACAUCAUCAGGUAUUUUUUGCGCUAAAAGAACUUAAAGAAUUUCAUUUCCUUCGGAAUGAUUUCAGCAAGUAAUUCCUCUAAGUUCAUUCUUGUAUCCUUAUGUGAAAUCACUAUCCUAAUUUUUUUCACUGCUUCUAUUUAUUUGAUUUGUUAAAUAAAGAUAUUUAUCCAAGGUUGUGGUAGCUUAAUAUCAAAUUUUUCAAGU